AUGGGUAGCAGGAGUGUUCUUGGGGCUGUUUUGUUAGUGAGUUUUCUCUGGUUUAUGUUUACUGGGAUUUCGGCGCACCUGAACAAUAGAAGGACUGUGAUAACAAUUUCAUCAUCCCGAAGUUUUAGAAGUUUGAAGCAUAUAGAAAGCCAAAAGCGCAUUAAUUGCCAAAAUUUCGACCUCAAUUGUGCUAGCAAGAGAAGAGUGCCUAAUUUCCAAUUCACAACAAGUAUAUUUGCUGUUGAAUUUGGAUUAAAGCUAAGACAACACCCGGCAUCUUUCUGGCAAAGUGGCUUUAGCCAUCUAGUUAACUGA